UCUUUUUGGUUUACUUUGUUUUAUUCACUCAAGUCAAAUAAAUAGCAUUACCUUUCAUUACCACACAACAAAAAAUGCCUGUCAACAAUGUCAGUAGUACUAUGUCAUUGGACGCAAACAAGCCUUCUCUUCUCUCUAGCCCAGCCACCCAGAGACCCUCUACCCCUACAACCCAUGAUCUUGAAAAACACAGUGAGCUGGGAACCUCAUUCACCUCUGAUACCCUAGAGUCCGUGUCACCUCGCUCCCCAUCUUUCUCUUCAUCCUUUUCUGGACGUGACUCCCCUGAUAGCCUGGACAAUAAGCGUAAAUGGAAUGACUCUUUCACAUUUGCUGAACGACAAGAAGCAAGCUCCAACAUAUCAAAAGCAUCUCAUACUGAAAAUGGAUAUGAAGAUACUUCUUCUCUUUACUCUCAAGAUGACCGUAGCCAAGACAGCGACGACUCCCAGUUAGGAAGUAGAAGACCAGGCAGAAAGCCAAUGGCCGAAGAGUCUGCCGAUGAGGACGAAGAUCCCAAGGCUAAACGAAAAGUCCAAAAUAGGGCAGCCCAGCGAGCCUUCCGUGAACGCAAGGAGCGUUACGUCAAAGACCUUGAGACAAAGAUCAAGCAGGUACAGGACAACCACCUGUUUGCUACGACUCAGCUGUUUCAGGAAAAUCAAUAUCUGCGGUCGGUCAUCUAUCGUCUAGAGACAGAAAACUUUGCACUAAAAGGCAUGCAGAUCAAUAUGCCCGG